AUGAUGCCCUAUGGCACCGCAGCGGAGGCGGAGGCGGCGCUGGGGCGCUCUAUGACCUGGGCGGAGGCCUCGUGGUUCCGCUACUCGGCGGCGAUGCCGGACCUGUGGCUCAUGUGGCACAUCGCCCUCGUCUACCUCGUCGUGGAUGCGCUGGCGCCGCUGCCCGCCAUGAUUCUCCAGCAGCUCGCGCCAGGCUAUGCGCUGCGACACAAAGUGCAGCCCAGGGUACCGCAGCCCUCGCCGGUUUCCACCUACCUCCGCUACAUAAGGGAGAGCAACCGUGUCGCCCUUGCCAUCUUGGGUCCUUUCCCACUCGUCUACACCCUCGCAUUCAAGGUCUCUCACCAUGUGUGGUUAAUUAUAUUUCUAAUUUGUUGCAUUUAUUGA